AUGGCGUCGAAGAAUAGAAGCUAUAGAGAGGACCAUGCCGAUGAAUACUACCACGGGAGGGAGAAUGCCAAAGGGAAUUUUCACACCCGAGGAGUUGGAGCUGGACCUGAAGGAUGGGAGGGGCAUGACAAGGAUAGGGACGUACCCUGGGAGUAUCACGACGGCAACAGUACUGCCCACCAGGAUAAUUAUGCCAUAAAGCAGCACGACAACGGAUACAUGGAUAGGUCCUACGGGGAGUGGUACGAGUCGGGGCAUGGCGACAGAGGGGAUCGACCAUACGACAAAUACCAUGGAGAUCGGCAACAGUACGACCCCAAGAGGGGGAAGAGGAAGUACGAACAGAGGAGAAACACCCCAGCGAGCCUAGAAAUAGGAUAUGGGGCUAGAGCCGACUCAGGGCAUUAUGAGAAGUACAACAGUAACAGAGCAACAGGGGGUGCGGAGGACGGGGAGAGGGAAAACAGGAAGAUCUGGGCAAACCAUCACAACUACGGCAAAGAUGGGAACAGAGGUAGCUUCAGAGAUGGUCACAGAGAUGGCAACAGAGGUGAUUACAGAAGAAGCGAACACAAGUCCUUUUCCAGAUAUAAGGAGGGUGCAAGAAGGGAGUCGUACAAUAACAGCAGCAUGGAGGAUAGCCAGAGUGAGUAUGCGUCCGGGUCGGAUGAAGGGAAUGAUAAAUACCGUCCGUACGGAGAGAAGAAAUACAAAGUGGGGGGAAAUUUCAACGAGCAAGGGGAAUUACUCCAGCGGGGAAAUUACUCCCGAGGGGGAUACCCCUAUGGAGGUCACACGAACAGUGGUUAUCCCCGUGAGGGACUCACAACAAAAAAAAUCAACAAUGUGAAUGAUGUGCUGGAAAUGAAGAGCAACAUAGAGUUGUCCAGAUUCAUUUUUAUUUACAAGCUGGGAGAAAAUAUAACAGAAGAAGAAAUAGAAGACAUGAUGAGGAAUACAGCCAUCAGUAAUGCAUUCUCCCUGCCACUGAACAUAUACAUAAAUAGAUUGUCGUUCUUUUCUGUGAAGGAAGAAUUAUUCGUAAGGGAGGGCCUCGAGUUUAUAAAAAAUAACUCCUACUUUAACAAUAUCCAGUUGAGUAUAUUAAAUACACAAAUGAAUAAUCAAAUUAACGAUGAUCGAUGUUGCAUCGUUGAAUUUCCAUCCAAUGAAGCAUCCGCAAAGUUGUUUUCUUUGUAUGAGAAGAAUAAAUGCCGCAUUGAAAUCGGAAAGAACAUCUCGUAUAUAUUUCCCCUAUUCAAGAUGAAGAAAAAACUGAAUAAAACAACCGUGGAAGAUAAACAGGCGCAAAAAAAAUUCUAUGAUUGGCACUGCUCUUAUUGUAACUUUGUCAACUUCUCUCGUAGAAGUUCUUGUUUUUUUUGCAAAGAAAUGAAAACUAGUGAUGCGAAAAUGGUGGAGAACGAGACCAAGGUACCUCCUAAUGUGUUUAUACAGAACGGGGCCAUGAUGGGCGCUCCUUCUGCGCAGGAGGGGGGGCCCUACGGGGCGAAGAGUGUAUUUAGCGGCAUUCCCAACGUGGCGCAAGCGGCGUUUGGCCUUCCCAGCAGUAACGCCCCCCUUGGGGGGAACGGCGUGUCUAAUUCGGAGGUAGGCUUCAGUCAGGGAGAAGUCAAUCCCGCAGUUGCAGCAGUCACAUCGGUCGCAGAAGCCACAUCAGCCGCAUCAGUUGCAGGAACGGUAGGAGCCGCCGGCGGGGGGGUGUACCCAGUGAACGCCCCCCCCCUGCAGCAAAUGGAAGAAAACUCGACGGAAAAUUUCGAAACGUCCAUCAAGGAAAUCCUAGCAGAUGUCGAUAAAACCAACAUGCUGAUAUUGAAAGACAUUGAUGGAAGCAUCCCAAAAGAAGACCUUUUAAAGUUUAUCAACGAAGUGUUCGAAAAUAGGCACGUCAAUUAUCUGUACCUGUUUAAUGACAUAAGGAGCUCAAGUAAAAAGAAAGGAUUUUGUUUCGUGGAAUUCGAGAGGGCAAGUUACGCAGAGCAAAUGAUGAACGAACUGGAAGGAAAUUUCUACAUCAAUUAUAAAAAUGAUUUCUUUAAGUUGGAUUAUGUGUACGAGAAGGGGAAGGAAUACUUUUUCCAUUCCAUUAGUUUGGCAAAAUUGAACAUUAACAAAUCCGCAGCAACUGUUCUUAUGAAAAAUUAUAUUCCUCAUUUUAACUUUUUCGUCAGCUACAUGGAGAGCGUUGUAAAUAUGAUGAGCAUACAGAACUACACGUUCUUCCUUUUUUGGUCCUCUCAAGUGAUUAUACUUAAGAAGGAGAAACCGGCACUCAGUGAAUUUUUUUUUGAUUACAAUACUCAGUAUUAUUACCACCCCGUUUUUCAAAUUUAUUUUGACAACAGGACGAAUUUUUAUAUGUCUCUUUCUAAGGGGUACUACAUAUGGAAUGACAAGAUUGGGUGCCUCGUGAGGAUGUACAUGGGGAAUGAGGAACAGGUAAAUGCCGAUCAUGGUGGGGGUGAUGAGAAGGCAGUAGGGAUACACACAUCAGCCACGUUGGUCACUUCAGACCAUGAGGAGCAGCAUCAGAAGGGACGCAUGGAGGACGCCCCGUCGGGGCACCCCGUCCAGGCAGUGAACAACGGUGAGCUCACCGCUGAAGAGAAUAACCCCAUCUCGGGGGGAAGCGUUGUGGGUAAUAGCGGCGCCAACCAGAGCGGUGGUAAUGAACACGUGGGCGCUGUGAACCCUACUGCUAGCGCAAGCGGUGACGGUGGGAAGGUCGCCGGUCCAAAUUUGCCGCCUAAUGAAGAGGCCUCCAAAAAUACAGCCUCAGACAAAAUAUCCAGCCUAGUGGAAAGAGCCAAGAUGAUAGCCCUGGCCUCCAAAAAGAACAUUGAGCAAAUGAACAUGAACGAAGCGAACUCAACCAAUGUGGAAAAAAAAAGCAAAGAAAUAAUUAGGAAACAUUUCGCUACCGACUCGGCCGAUGAAGAUAACGACGACCUUUCUGACAAGGAAGAGUUGCACAAAAAAGGAUACCCCAACAGCACUGCAUAUAACAAGGGUAGCCAACUGCAUAAGGGGCCCACUAGAAUUACCAACACAACAAUGGAAGGUGGCAGUAGUUACCAUAAAUCAUCGUACAAGACGAAGAAUCCCUUUAUUGACAAUCUCGCCAAAGCACACAAUAGGGGUCAAUGGGCUGGCUCUACGAAGGAACAUAAUAAUGCGAGCAAUUUGAGUGAACCCAAUAGAGUACCCAAUUCCGAAGCAGCCAGAGCAGAAGGGACAAACGAGCACCCUUCCAACAGUGGCAACGAUUUAAACAUCUGUUUUAUUUGCCUGCGGAAGUUUGCAAAUGCGCAUCUCUUGCAGAAGCAUGUUGAUAUGUCCUCUCUGCAUAAGAGGAACCUCCAGAUUUCGAUGGACGUUGUGAGUGCUGGUUAG